AUAGAUGAAAUUGAUAAUUCUGGAUUUCCUUUUUGAGUCAUUUUCCUAAAAGUGGCCAUGGAAAAUUUUGCACCGAGUUAGAAGCUAAUGCCAAGACCGUAUUUGAAUUGGGAACAGCUUGCAUAUGAAAGCAGAGUCUAAACGCCACCGCCUCUUUUGAAGGAUCUUGUUAGUAAUAAAUAAUUCCGUCUCUAGCCUCGUCUCUAUAUUUAAUUCAAGACGUUUCGAUCCUGUCGCGAUUCCUCGACUUUCGAGGCAGAAACUCUUAAAAUGUCUAAUCUAACAGAGAUGAAAAACACGACGGAGCAGGAAACGGCCAACUUGGUGCCGGAAAUUUACAAAAUCACCAUCGAAGACUCCAAUUGGAUCAUGACAGCAGCUUUUAUCAUAUUCACCAUGCAGACUGGUUUUGGGAUGCUCGAGUCGGGUUGUGUAUCUCGAAAGAACGAGAUGAACAUCAUGAUGAAGAACAUCGCCGACAUCUUUCUAGGCGGGGUGACCUACUGGGCUUUCGGCUAUGGUUUGUCCUUCGGCACCACUUGGACCUGCCCUUUCUUCGCAGUAGGCGAAUUCUUCGUUGACGCCACGCCGAACGACGAGACAAUGGGGCCGAAGUUUACUGCCUUUCUUUUCCAGCUAUCUUUCGCCACGACGGCGACUACUAUCGUCUCAGGCGCUAUGGCAGAAAGGUGCAACUUCAAAGCGUACUGCUUAUUCUCUUUUCUUAAUACGAUAGUCUACUGCAUACCAGCGGGUUGGGUGUGGGGCAGUCACGGCUUUUUGAAGAAUAUGGGCGUGGUGGACAUCGCCGGCAGCGGACCUGUGCACUUAGUCGGCGGAGCUUCCGCCUUGGCAUCUGCUUUUCUGCUAGGACCUCGUUUGGGUCGAUACGAUAUGGGAGAAACGCCUCUUCCUUUAGGGACACCGGUCAACUGCGCCAUGGGCCUUUUCGUCCUCUGGUGGGGUUGGUUAGCAUUCAAUAGCGGAAGCACUUACGGCGUAUCGGGGGCAAAAUGGGCCUACUCCGCUAAAGCAGCAGUGAUGACUAUGAUAUCGUCUUUCGGAGGUGGGAUUUUCGGCCUUUCGUACACCAUGUACAAGAAUAACGGAUAUGCCAAUAUACUCCACGUGAUAAACAGCGUUUUGGGCUCACUCGUCGCCGUCACAGCCGGAUGUUUUUUGUACAGUGCUUGGUACUCACUUGCGAUUGGAUUCAUCGGGGGUAUGUUAACGACCUUAACCACCCCUCUGUUCGACAUAAUUAAAGUCGACGAUCCUGUCGGAGCUUGUGCCGUGCACGGGGUUUCAGGAAUCUGGGGAGUUUUGGCCGUUGGGCUUUUCGCCGAUGAUCCCUUACCUUUAUGCACUACCAACGGACGCAAAGGGCUGUUCAUAAGCGGUGAUCCUUAUUUGCUUGGAGUCCAGGCCUUAUCGGUUCUAUGCCUAGGAAGCUAUAGUUUCAUCGUAACAUACAUUAUCCUUUCAACUGUAAACAAAUUGAUACCUAUACGAAUGUCAAUGCAUGAGGAAUUAUUAGGAGCCGAUUUGUCGGAGCACUUAAUCAAGCACAAGGGGGUCGGUGUUUCACGCGCCGUGUCGGCUUUGAUUUCCGUCGGAGAACAUCCACUCGACAUGACCGAUAUCAUGACGAUCGGGAGCAACCCAGGGCACGAGCUCUUCCUGAGGCAAUUUGUCGAAGAGAAGAACGGCAUGAAACAGGGGAAAAUCUUCGGGAAAGUCUUGUCGAUGUUCAACGGGACGAAAGUUGGAGACACACCCCAAAAUUUGGCCUGGAUCAAUUGAGAUGCCAUUGUAAUAAGUAGAUAAAGCAACGUGCAAUAUUUUCCUAUAUUCAUCCAUAUAAUUUUAGAACGUGCAAUUUAUUACAAACAAAUAAAAAAACACAAUCACACUGGAACGCCGUUGUUAUUUUUUAAAUGUAAGUAAUUUCUUGGCAUUAUCUGUUUGCGAAAUAAAGUUUUAUGAUGUU